GUCAUUCAGUCAUUGCAUUGCGCUUGUGCUUGUGCUUGUGCCAGGCAGGCAGGUCGGCACUGUAAGUAGGUAUGUACACGUGAAGCGCGCCAGAUUCCCUUUCGAGGUCGGGAUAAUGGGGUAGUCUGGAACAGUGAGCAAUUAGACAGAAAUAGAUAGAUGGCCCUGACCGACCCGAUCUUCCUGCACUAUACCUACAUACUUCUCCCGACGGAACCCCAUGGAAUGAAUCGAUGGAAGCUCCUUCGGCUACCUUUCGUCGGGUGGGACUGACUGCAUUGCUGCUCCGGGACUCCACGCCAGGCCAGGGAUCCUCUCCCGGCAUUCCGCUCGCUGUCCUCACUCCACUUCCACUCCUGGCCUCAUUAUCCAUGAUCCAUGAUCCACCACCCGCGCUGAAAAAGUACGGCUACUGCUUUGUGCUACGGAGUACGUACUACUGUGCCCGAGAGGGAAGGUCCUAAAAUCUGCUUGCACACAUGACCAAAUGCACACCUCAUCAUGCCAUAACUAUUUGUUCGGAUCGUCAAUAAUGAACUGUCAACACUCAACAAAUGUACGGAGAUAGUCGCGGAAAUGUUACUGUGUACACCACAUCUAGGCCACGUAUUGGUACCG